AUGCUGCAAUAUAUUUUUAAAUAAAACGUCAACAGUAAGCAAAUCAACCAAUCACAGGUCAACAUUCUUUCAAAUGUAGCUUACGUUCCGGAUAUUGUUGGCUCGUGAUUGGUUGAUUUGCUUGCUGUUUAUUGCUGCUUUUUUGCACUAAGCCGCCAUUAACAAUAUAUUUAUGAACUAUGUAUUCGUUUUAUGCAAAGUCGAAUUCUGACAUGUAAUAAUCACGUGUAAUAAUUAGUUCGAGCAGUUUUUUAAUCAUUUUGCACGUGUCGAGAGGAAAUUUCUUAUAAGAUCAAUAAAUCAUUCGUGUAUCCACUCUCUGCCUGAUACGACAAAUAAACAUCGUAACAAUGUCAGUCUCGUGAUAAAGUAGCUUUUGAAGCUGCAUUAUCAAUUAUAAUAAAUCUUGCGAGAGAGAGAGAUAGAGAAAAAGAGAGAAGUAACUAAGCGCGGCAUAUCAUCACGAGAUUCGAUUCGAAUCGCUUGUAUGUAUAUCUCUCCGAAAUGAGUAAUGAGAAUAUCAAAUACACAGUUCUGGUGACCGGUUUUGGUCCUUUCGACCAAUAUAAAAAAAAUCCUAGUUGGGAGGCAGUGAAAGACUUGCUGAGCCUAUGGAAGAAAUACGAAGAAUUUCCAAAUUUUCAAUUAGUCACCGUACAAAUUCCGGUCUCGUACGAGUGCGUAUCCACUUACAUUCCUCAGCUCUGGCAACAAUACAAUCCCAUAAUUGUUCUACACGUAGGGGUGUCGAGCAAAGCUGAGUGUUUGACAAUCGAACGUUGUGCUCACAGCACUGGCUACAAAAGAAUGGAUGUAGAUGGCAAGUGUCCUGAUGAAACCUAUACAGAAUGUUGCGUCUUGGCAACGCAGAUAAAUGUCGAAGAACUUUGUCAUAUAAAUAAAGAUCUUGCACACGAAUAUAUAGCCUGUUUUUCAGACGAUGCCGGUAGAUAUCUGUGCGAAUACAUAUACUAUAAAUCUCUCUCUAUUAAUCAAGCAAAGACUUUAUUUGUGCAUGUUCCGGAUCUUUGCAAAUCUUCAAGCAUGCACACUGCAAAUGACUUAUACAAGAUGUUGAGUUAUUUAAUAAAAACUUUGAAACAUAGUUAGAAUUUUAUUUUUUGUGCGCAGCAGAUAUAUGCUCGAGAAUUUGCAAAGUACAAUAAUAUUCAAACACUUGUACAACACUGCGCGAUUGAUAUAUUAUUUACAUGUAAAUACCUGUAAAACUAAAUUUUUAUAAUUCCGUAGUAUGUAAUGCUAAUGAUAUGCAUUGUGUGAAGAUUUUUACGUGUAUCAUAUUUGGGAAUGUACAAAUACAAAAUGUGAUUUA